AUGUCAAUGUUUCAUUUGAUGUACGGUAUAUGGUUAGUCCUGUGUAUGAGAUUUUGUAUACUUGAUGUUUCUACUUCAUGUUAUCCGUACCAGUUUUUCCGACAAACCAAUAGAAAAUUCGAGCAGAAAACUGAUAGGUUUUGGAAGUUUAGUGAAAUAGAUGAUAGAUGGAUUGAAGUCAAACUACCAUGUGAUUUGGUUCCUUGUGUUAAUAAAAAGGAAGAAAGAUUGGAGCAAGAAGAUGAAUUGGAAGUGAUUCUGCCUUUGAGAAAGAGAAUCUCUUUGACAAAAAUUUCUGAUACUUCGGUUUGGAUCAUUGGUGAAAGUGGAUUUAUCUAUGAGAGGUUUUGGAAUGGACUUGAAUGGGUGAUUGCUCCUCAUGAUUUACCUAUUUCACACGGACGUGCAGUUGCAGUUUUUAUCAUUUCUCUGAAAUUUCUUGCUCUAUCUGAAUCAGGAAAUUUGUAUCAGAUGCAUGUGCAGCUUGGUGAAAACUCGCAACCAGUUUGGAUUGAAUUCACACAUACACUCGAUCAAAUCUCAGAUACUGAUUCAAUAUUCAUAAAAUCUGGUGUGGUGUCAGAUGAUAGGAAGAGAGGUUAUUUCUGUACAAAGAAAGGAACGUUGAUAGAGCUUGCAGAGGUUGAGCCUCCAAGAUGGAUAAAUCAUGGCCAACCAGGUGGAGCAAAUGUUGCAGCAAUAGCCGAUGUUGCUUCUUCACGAGAAGUAGUAUACACGAUAAGUUCUGCUGGAGAUCUUUAUGAAUACAACAGUAAAUCGAAACCAUCAUGGAAGAAACACAUAUGGCAAGAAAAAAAGGCACAAGUUUCAUCUUUGAUACCGUCUAAGGGGUGCACUUUACAUGGAUUAAUUGGUGAUCAUUCUGAAUCACUGUUUCUUUUAACCAAGGAAGGCACUUUAGUGGAGAGAAGAUUACAUCAAAGGAAGUGGAAAUGGAUAGUCCAUGGAAAUCCACCCCAUCAAAAUUUGACAUCUAUUACACCAUCUUUGAAAGACGAUUCUAGUGAAACUUCCAUUUCUUUAUUCUUCACUACUUCUGUUGGAUCUGUUUUUGAGUAUCAAAUUCCAAAACAAUUAGGCACUUCUCCAAAUAAUCAAUUUCCAGGAGGAGAAUGGAUAAGUCAUCAGCACCCCUUACAUGCAAAAGCGGCAAGAGAGUUACAUCUAGCAGGACUAGGUGGUGAGAGUGCAGGACCAUCAAUGCCACAAAACUUUAGAAGAAAAACAUCACCAACCAAAUAUGUUUGGUCCAUAUUAGAUGCACCAGAGAGUGAAGGAUGGAAUGCGGAAUAUUGCACAGAAGAACGCGGACCGCGGAAUUGUAUGACAGGUAUAAAAGAUGAGUCAAAAGACUCAGGAAUCACGAGUUCAGUAACAGGUAGGAGAAAACAAAGCCAAGAAUAUCAUUAUUACUUAUCUCCAGAAACAGGAAACGAACUGAUUAGUUCCUUAGAAGAAUACCAAUACAAUCUUCCUGAUGAUUGGAUUAGUAGUAAUUUUCGCCUGCGGUUGAUGUAUGAAGGCAAGUCAUUUUUCUUGGUGACAAGUGAUGGUUUGAUUUUUGAACAUGUUUGUAUUGAGAGUGUUUGGAUAUGGCUGAAACACGAUAGCUCUACCGAAAUGAAUGGUAUAGUAGGGAACUAUAAUGGAAGUUUAUUCAUGGUUGAUACUUUUGGGAGUGUGCUUCUUAGAGAAUGGAGUGGAAAUGAAAUAGCAUGGAAAAAUUGCACUGAUAUGAGGAGAGGAAAAAAUAUUAUUGUUGGAGGUCAACCAUGGGAUAGAUUACCAGGUACAGCGAGGAGGGUUACUACUGAAGAUUCACUCUUCUUUGUCAGCAAAAAUGGAAGAUUGAUGCAGUUCACGGUUUACAUGAGGAAAUUCAAAUGGAAGGAUUGCAAAAAUCCUCCAAAUGUCAAAGUUGCAAACAUAGUUGAUCAGGAAUUGUUCAGGGAGAACAUAAUCUUCGUCACUGGAAGAAACGGACGCCUAUACCAAUACAACAAAGUAAAUGAUUUAUGGCAUGAACAUUACCAAUCUCAGCAUUUGAUUCUAUCAAAUUUUCCUGGAACAGUUAUAAGACCAAUGUCAAAAUCCCUCACAGGCUCGAUCUUCAUGCUUUCAAGAGAUGGUGGAUUAGUCGAGUACAACUGGAAUACAUGGCAUGAAUGGAACUGGAUAGAACAUGGAACACCUUAUAAAGGUGUAACACUUGUUGGCUCACCUGGUCCUAGCUUUGAAGGGAAUCAAUUACUUUUGAUUGGUUCAAAUGGAAGAGUGUACCUUAGAUAUAUGGAGAAAAAUGCAUGGAAAUGGAAGGAUUGUGGUUUUCCUACUUUAGGAGAUAAAGUUAUUGAAGCAGAAGAUAGAGAAGGAGAAUUCAUUGAUGAAGAUACUAAAAAAGAGCAGGAGAAUCUUGGUGAAUUAUCAAUCUUGAAUUGUGAUCCUAAGGUGAGAUCUACAAGACCAAUUCCAUUUUCAGCUGAUUCUGCCAUAUUUGAACUUAGAGAUGGCAGGUUGGCAGAGAUACAAAUUGGAGAGGGGAGAGAAUGGGUUUGGUCAAGGAUCAUUGGUACUCCAAAUAGUUUAUGCAUACAAAAUUAUUGGAUUACAGUGGCAUCAUCGCCAUCAUGA